AGGGAGACCUCAGAGCGCAAAGACAGCAGGCUUGAAUAAAAUUUUGGAGCUGCGCGCGAGGGGCGCACACACACGCGCACACACACACGCACACACACACACACACACACACCAAUAUAUAUAUAUAAUACACACACGUAUUGUGUGUUAUAUAUAAAUAUCUUGAAAACUGCGGGGAUACCUUUUACACAGAAAAAGGCACAUCGACAUCCCAUGAAAAUGCUGUGGAAAUUAACUGAUAACAUUAAAUACGAAGACUGCGAGAUGUUAGUGCACAGUUUUUCCGCUAUGGACCGUCACGACGGCACCAGCAACGGGACAGCCCGGCUACCUCAGCUGGGCGGCGUGGGUCAGAGUCCCUACACGAGCGCCCCUCCGCUCUCCCACACGCCCAACUCAGACUUCCAGCCCCCGUACUUCCCCCCGCCCUACCAGCCCAUCUACCCGCAGUCUCAGGACCCUUACUCGCACGUCAACGACCCGUACUCCCUCAACUCCCUGCACGCCCAGCCGCAGCCGCAGCACCCGGGCUGGCCGGGCCAGAGGCAGGGCCAGGACGGCGGCCUGCUGCAUCAGCACCGCAGCCUGCCCCACCAGCUGUGCCGGGACUACCGCAGGGAGGUGCUCCUACCGUCCGGUCACGGCCUUGACACGGGACUCUCGGACUCGAUCCCAAUCCAUGGAAUACCUCACUCUUUAGAAGAUGUCCAGUCUGUUGAGGAUCAAGGAAUUCACAUUCCCGACCAGACUGUAAUUAAAAAAGGUCCAGUGUCUUUAUCAAAAAACAACAUCUCCGGUAUCCCCAUCAACAAAGACGGACUUUUCGGCGGGGUGGUCAACCCCAACGAGGUGUUCUGCUCGGUACCGGGCCGGUUAUCGUUGCUCAGCUCCACAUCCAAGUACAAGGUGACGGUGGCGGAGGUGCAGCGACGUCUCUCCCCGCCGGAGUGCCUGAACGCCUCUCUGCUGGGUGGCGUGCUUCGGAGGGCCAAGUCGAAGAACGGCGGCCGAUCCUUGCGGGAGAAGUUGGAUAAAAUCGGCUUGAAUUUACCUGCGGGCAGACGCAAGGCGGCCAACGUCACCUUGCUGACGUCACUAGUAGAAGGAGAAGCAGUGCAUCUUGCCAGGGAUUUUGGUUAUGUGUGUGAGACCGAGUUUCCCGCCAAGGCAGUAGCUGAAUAUGUAAACCGUCAACACUCCGACCCAAACGAACAAGUCCAAAGAAAAAACAUGCUAUUGGCUACCAAGCAAGUGUGCAAGGAGUUCACGGACCUGUUGUCCCAGGACCGAUCGCCGUUGGGAAACUCCCGGCCGCAGCCCAUCCUCGAACCGGGCAUCCAGAGCUGUUUGACCCACUUCAGCCUCAUCUCGCACGGUUUCGGCACACCGGCCUUGUGCGCGGCCGUCACGGCCCUGCAGAACUAUCUGACGGAGGCCAUCAAAGCCAUGGACAAAAUGUACCUGAACAACAACCCCAACAGUCACUCAGAUAACGGCACUAAAGGCGACAAAGACGAGAAGCACAGAAAGUGAUACCCCCCCCCCCCCCAGCACCUCCCCUGCAGCCCCCCCACCCCUCCUUCAUUUCCACAUAAAAAAGGGGCCAAACCCUGGGGGCCCAUUUUUUUUCUUUCCUGCAGCACCCUGCACUGCACCCUGUCGUCCCGCCUCCUGCAGGGCUCAUCCAAUAUAAAUAUAUAAAUAAUAAACUUCCAUAUCCCCCCAUGACCCCCCCCCCCCCCAACACACACACACAACAUUUUCUGGAUUGGAAAACCUGCACCACUUCAUGAUGAUUAUUAUUAUGAUGAAAAAAACCGAAAAAAACAAACAAAAACCCUGCAGGGUGUGGAAACUCAAAGACUUCGAACGCUUUAUCCCGCCUUUUUUUGUGGACCCAUCAUCUCAAUUUUGUGACAAAAAAGGAGGAUUAAUUCUUCUAUCAGUAUUGUGAAUAUAAUAAUAAUAAACUUGAAAUUCCACCCCGUCAUCACUUCUUUCUCCAAGUGACCAACUUGAACUUUUUUUGUUGUUUUAUUUUGUUUUUUUGUUUGUUCGAAUUUCAACACGAUUCGCGGUUAUAUAAGGGAAUCAGUGUUCAUGUAUGUAUAUAUUUAUUAUUUAUGUGUAAUUUAAUGGGAAUUGUAAAUAUGGUGCGUCUGUUGGAACUUUUUUGUUUUGUUUUGUUUAAUUUAUCUGGUGCCUCCUGUUUUAGUGGGUUUUAAUAUUCGGUUCUAGUCCUUCAUGUGAUUUUAUGGUUCUUAUAGAGAAAAAAAAAAAGAAGGAAAAAAAAAAGCAGAAGUUUUGGGGUAUUUUUUUAUUUCUCUGGGAUAUUUCAAUGCAGCCUUCUUGUAGCAUGUCGAGGCCACAUUGAAGCAAGUGAACAAAUCGAAUAGAAAUAAACUUCCAAUAUUAUAGAAAUCAUCUUUAUUCCGUUUUUUUUCUCCCCAUUUCCCAACUGGUUUUUAUUUGGUUUCUAUUUUUAUACGUGUUGUGUCAAUCACAAAUUAUUGUUCUCUUCCCGAAGCGCCAUAAAAGCAAUAAAUGGAU